AGUGUCACCGAGUAUUGGGUGUCCUAUGCCGCCCGCGACAGGUUGUUCCAGUCGAGUCCCAGCACCUGCCCGCCCACCCUGCCGCCCUCCGUCUGCCCGGGUUUUCGUCUGCCCCAGAGUGCUGGCUUGAGACUCACAUCCGACCAACCACAGGCUUUCCGCACUCAGUUUCUCUCUGCUGAUAUCUCCCUCUCUAUAACAUGGACUCUCAAGAAACAGGGAUGACCUCCAUGGCUUAGGUCUCAACGUCAUGUCCUCAGUCAUGUACAAUGUAACGAAACGUAUCACAAGCUGAAUUUGGAGCUGAGGGCGGCGGAAUAGUACUCCACUGAGGUUGUCAUCGCUUUUGGAUGAUUGGAUUCACUCAGCUUGCAAAGGAGAUUGGCACGCCAUGUGUUCCCUUUUCCUCAUCUUCCUUUCGGUCUCAGGUGUGCUGGUGGAAGGUGCCCCUGGUGACACCACUCAUUUCCCGGAUGAUUUAUUCAACUUGGAUGACUACGAGGAAAUUUAUUAUGACGGAAUGUAUGAUGACUAUGAUUAUAAUUAUGACCUGGAUGGUGAUCAUAAUGAAGGGGAUAAUCAGGAUAUCGCCAACUUGGUUCCAUCUGUGAAUGCAACGUCACAGCCAACCGUCCCUGACAGCCAGCCACCUCCUGUCACGGUUGACUCCGAACACAGCGCAGCUUCUCCUGGACAAGAGGCUUCUAAUGACUCCCAGCCUACCGACAACGAGGAACUUGAUGAUAUCCUUUCGAAGCUGUUAUUCUUUGGGCCUCAACCUGUUCCUACGGAGUCACAAAGUCAGUUCCGCGGAGACCUACCUCCUUCUUUGGACUCCGAGGAAGAUGUGAGCGACUCUGGCGACCUACAGUUUAAUCUCCCGUUGGAUGAUCAUUCUCAGCAUAAUGUUAGUGAUCCAGCAGAAGGAGGUCAGCUGGAAGAAAGUACGCAGGAGGAAAGUCUGGGUGGUACUGGGACUAUGCCACCUGUAUUCCUCUCGUUACCUGUUGUGGAAGGAGAGAUUGAGGACUCCGGGUCCCUGAACAUAACUGAUGAGACGGAUUAUGGUGAUGACGAUGGCGAUACGGAGGCAGCACCGGAAUUCACUACAGGUGUAGAAACAACCCCAAGCUUAACCAAUCUGGUCACAGUGCAAACGCCAGUGCCUCAAACCAUGAACAGUUGGACUUGGUUCUACAUCAUUCUGUCUGGCAAGUGCCUACGUGUAAAUUUUAACGAUGAUGAUCUUAUUUCUGAUUUCAUAGCCUCAUUCUCUUCACUCCUACUUUACGACAGGGAAUAUAUAGUUGUUGAUUCUAUGUCUUGUUCAAACGACGAAAUGACAGUGAACAUGUCAGUUGAUUCGAAUAUCUAUCCCAACUGCGAGAAUGACCUGGGGACACUGCUCUCUCACAGGAACAUCAGGAUCAAGCUUCACAACACUUCUUUUUACAUGGAAUCCUUCGAGACAAAAAGGUCGCUAAUCUUUGAGACGAAACCGGAGAAAAAAGAGGAUAAACCAGACAUUCUCCUCUUCACUCUUAUAGCUGUUGGCAUCUCGCUACUCUGCCUCUUGAUCGCUGGUUUGGUCUACGCAGUGUACCAGUGUACCAGGGCUAAGACUCCUCCAUCUGACCCGGUCAAGUACGCGCCGGAAUCACCUCGUAGUUUGAGACCGAAGUUCGAGACGGAGCAAGGGAUCAAGGCAUCUGAGAAGCGUCCUCGCGGGGUCAAUAUGUACAGAAGUUACAGUGACCUUAGUGCUCCUGACCUCUACAGUCACCUUGGGUCUUUUGAUUCGACCGGGAGCGCUAGGAGCGAAAUGUCGGCGGUGCCCACAGCCCAUCUAAAGAUUUCACUGGAAAAGAAGAAAAAGAAAGAUAAGAAGAAGAAGAAGAAGAAGAAGAAGGAUUACGAUGAUAGUGGACUCAGCGACAUUGCGGGUUACGAGGAAAUGUGGACGGAGAGUCUGACGGAGACCAGCGAGGAGUUCAUGACGAUCCGGAACCUCAAUCCCAAGGCUUCGACGUUCAAGGCGGAGAUCAAGGAAUCGGAGAAGGACAGCCUGGACCCCCUCCUGAGAAACAUACACGACAACACCUCUCAGGAGAAAGAUAACAAGUCAGUGCCCCCCAUCGACAGCACCGAGUCGUCAACCAACUGUCCAUCCCCUUCAGUAGUCAAGAAAGAUGUCCUCAAGAGCUUGGACGACCUUAUCUCCAGUAGCAACCCCGACAUCAAUUCCUACAGUGCUUAUUCCGCCACAUACUCCAACACGACCAUCAACAUCUCCAGUGCUUCGUCGGCUAUUUUCUCCACGACGAACACCUCUUCAUACGCUCCUACGGACUCCUCCCCCAUGACCUACACAUCCACAAACACCUCCUCCUUCGGCACGACGGAAGGAAAGCCCUCUUCUUCAGCAACCAGCGCCUCUGCGGAGAACCUUUGUCUAACACGCAUAACGUUCAUGGAGAUGUGUGUGUGGCCUCAUCAGACGGAACUUCUCUUGUCCUCCAACAAAAACUCUCCCACUGGUAUGUCUCAGAAAUAGAAAUAUAAAGUAGGAAAUUACUUGCCCGCGUUAUGGACAACGUUAUAGAAAUGCACGUUGCUUUAGAGAAUAGUUAAGACAUGACCUGCCAGGCUUUGACCAACUUUGAACAAAUCUAAGAGGUGGAGGAAUAGUCCUGCACGGAAAGACAUAGAUUUUGAAUAUCUAUAUUAGAAGUAGAAACGCAAACGCACUCACUUAAUACACAUGGUUACACGUCCACAUAUAACAAUGCAAUAUCAACACACAAGGUAGAUAUAUUGCACUGUGGAUUUUUUUUUUUUUCAUUCAUACUCUCUCCUGCCGUUGCAAUGCUUUGUUGUGCACAGAGAUUAGUUUCGUCUGUGAAUGAUGUUUAGUACAUAGAAAAAGAUUUAGUUGGAAACUUGUAUGAAAUUAACAUAAUCCUUAUUACUGUUCUUCCUGUUGUUAUUAUUAUUGUUAUUUAUGUUAUUAUCAGUAUUAUCGAUGCUGUUUCUAUCUUUGUAUCAUGACCGUUAUUGUUCUCGUUAUUAACAUCAUUAUUAUUGUCGUUAACAUUAUUUUCAACAUUAUUGUCAUUGUCAUUUUUGUUAACACUGUAUCAUUAUUGCUAUUGCCUGUCUUUUAAGAAUGUAUUUAUUGCAAGGAUGAUAUGCUAUAAUUAUUGUGCUAUUAUUGCAAUCCCUCUCUUAUGAUAAAUUUUCCUAGUCAAGAAAAUGGCAAAUGUAGAUUAUAAUAUCAUAUAACAGCUUUCGCUAUUUUUCUUAUAUAUAUAAUUAAAGACUAGUCCUUUGAUUUACACUCACAUACACGCACAUAAACACACACACACACACACGCACACACACACACACACACACACACACACACACACACACACACACACACACACACACACACACACACACACACACACAAGUUUUUUUUUAUAUGUAAUACACAUACACACAUGUUAACACUUAAUAUUCAAUUUGAAAUUUGGAAGAGAGAAUUUGUAUUUAACCAAACACGGAUCACUUCUGCACGGAACCUUACAUAUGUUAGCAUCUCAGAAAAAAGAUGCAUCGUAUUUAUGUAUUUUACCGAUUACCUGAAUAAAUGUUUAUAUAUGUUUAUUGAAGGAAAACAAGUUCCCAGUAAUGUGGAAACAAUAUCCUGGCAGUGAAAGGAGACAAUUUAAAAGUUUUUUUUCAUUGCACGGUCUAUGUGUGUUUUCGUGGAAUCUCUACUGAUAAUGUAUCAGAAGACGAAUUGGCUGAAUAUCAAUUUUCAUACAUUUUCUAUCAGUUCUAAUAAUAUUUUUUUUCCUGAUAUUGAAAUAUAGUAUUAAUGUCUUCUUUUGCAUAUAACCCAUUUUCUAUAAAUCUAUUUUAACUUCUCUGGUGUUGAAAUGCACUGAUGUCUCCCGUUGCAAAGUUUUUUUUGUCAGUCGCUCAUUAUUUUUAUUAAAUAUAUAUAUUC